GUACAGGAUGUUUGGCACAUUUAAACUAAAAAAGAAAGAGGGAAAAAUGGAAAAAAGGAGAGAAAAACGACUGAUUUUUACCAAAGCGUUAAAUGAGGAAAAGGUAUAUUGCCGUUGGAGUUUACUGCCAACGGAAAUCCAGAUACAGUUACAGCAAAAAGAGCUCCUAUCUUCCUGAUUUGAGGAAAUUGAUAAAAAGGAGGAAGAUGGGCCUUAAGCAAACUAUAAGAAGCCUGGAUGCGUUUCCUCGUACGGAGGAACAUUUGUUGCAGAAGACGCAAUCGGGAGCACUUGUCUCGGUUGUUGGUUUAGUGAUAAUGGCCACGCUGUUUAUUCACGAGCUUACGUAUUACCUAACAACAUACACCGUUCACGAGAUGUCUGUAGACUUGAAACGUGGAGAAACGCUUCCAAUUCACAUUAACAUGACAUUUCCUUCAUUGCCUUGUGAUGUUGCAAGUAUAGAUGCCAUUGACUUGUCAGGAAAGCACGAAGUGGAUCUUGAUACUAACAUAUGGAAACUUCGCCUGAACAGUCAUGGUCAUAUCAUUGGCACUAAAUAUUUGUCUGACCUUGUGGAAAACAAGCAUACCACUCGCAAUCAUGAUGAUAAGGAGCAUCAUGAUGGUUCUGCUAAGAAGCCUCACAAAUUCAGUUUUGAUAAAGAUGCAGAAAAUAUGAUCAAUAAGGUGAAGAAAGCAUUAGAAAAUGGAGAAGGAUGCCGGGUUUAUGGGGUAUUAGAUGUCCAGAGGGUGGCAGGAAACUUUCACAUUUCAGUUCAUGCGUUAAACAUUUAUGUUGCUCAAAUGAUCUUUGGAGGAGCAAAACAUGUCAAUGUGAGUCAUAUGAUUCAUGAUUUAUCAUUUGGGCCAAAAUAUCCAGGACUUCACAACCCACUUGAUGAUACAGUGCGGAUUUUGCAUGACACAAGUGGAACAUUCAAGUAUUAUAUAAAGAUAGUUCCUACUGAGUACAGAUAUAUCUCGAAGGAAGUUUUGCCAACAAAUCAAUUCUCUGUCUCGGAAUAUUUUUCACCGAUGAAUGAGUUUGAUAGGACAUGGCCAGCUGUUUACUUUUUGUAUGAUCUGUCACCAAUCACUGUAACAAUAAAAGAAGAGUGCCGGAGCUUUCUCCAUUUCAUCACUCGACUCUCUGCAGUUCUGGGUGGUACAUUUGCAUUAACAGUUAACAAAGGAUGGUUUUGGAUCAGGAAUGCUAGAUCGUUGGAUGUAUAGACUUAUCAAAGCACUGACUACACCAAGCGCUAGGGGUGCAUAUCGGUAGAUUGGAAUUUGGAGUGCAAGAGAACAACAUAAACUCACAUGUGCACCUCCUCAGAGGAAUCCCCAAUUUUGUGGAAACACUGCCUUCUGAACAUAGCCUGACCUUAGUAUGCAAAGAUUUGAGGAUGGAAGAAUAUAUAAACACAGACACACACGCACAUAUAUAUAUGUCUGUGACUUCAUAAUUUAUUCCAUGCAGCCUUGUGUGUUGUUUCCCCUUGCACUCAAGAUUUAGAUGCCCUAGGUGGUUUUCUCAUUUUUGAAAUGCUAUUUUUAUUCAAGCAAUGGGCAACUUAGGGCUUCCUAUUUUUGUAAUGCUAUUUAUUACUGAUCCAUGGGGGUUGGUUUUUGGACAGAAUUUCGAUUGUUAAACGAUACUCUUGAAGUGCUCUAUGUCUUGCAUAUAUUCAGACAUGAGUAGGAGGAAAUCAUAUUCCAAGAGACAAGAUUUGCAGCUCUCAUGACUUUUCGAGUUUAUAAAGAAAAAGAUUUGGGAGUGCUUUUUCA